AUGUUACAAACGCAUCAUAGAAGCAGCAUCAGCCAACAUUCGAGAUCCGUGAGUCACUUUAUCAAUGAAGCUGAUGAACUAUCAGAUUCCGAGCUCGUUAAACAGGUCAAUGAUGUUAAGCAGCAAAUAAGAGUGCUCGCUUUGGAAAACGAAAUCUUAGAAAAUACUAUAAUGAGGCUCGACCCGAGUUUAAUGCAUGGUAUUCAACAAGCAUUGGAGUUCGCUGCAAAGAUGCAGAGCGGUUCAUCCCUAAAUGUUAACAGUUUCGUCAAAUCGACGUCGAAACUGGGCAUGGAAUCUGUUACCAGCCCAUCUAGGAUGCUGACAAGCCCUUCAAAAGUUUCAGCACGGCGUGUAGAAUCAUCAGGUAAGUUCAGUAGCACUGUUAUUUUUGGCACCGGCCCAAGAGUUAAUGUUCUAGAGCGAUCGGAACUAGUCACCCUUGAAAUGGAAUUUCUUAUCAACAACCUCGAGAAAGCGAGAAGUAAAGCGGCGAAACAGCACGCGCUACUAAAAGCACAGCUCGAAGAAAUCGGUUUACGUGAAGUUGAAAUUAAAAAAUCGAGUGAUCUGUUCGAGACAGAAGUAAUAGUUGAGGGUUGGGACAAAAUCGCUCAGAGGAUCCCCGCUGAGAUAUGGAUCAGAUUCAUGACCGAAUGGGUGAAAAUGAUAGAUGGCCAAAUAGGAAAGCUUAGAUUGCGAACUAGUACUUUAAACACACAGUACAGUAAGUUCAAAGGGCAGAUACGGGUCAAAGCCGAACUCAGCGAGAGUUUGCGACCCGUAGACUUCGAUAAGUUGAAGAUAGAAAACAACGAAUGCGCUGAAAUUAUUGAUAUGAAAAUACAGCAACUGGCCGAGUUAAAAAAGAUGACCGGUGAUGCAAAUUUAAACCUGACAAUACAUAAGAAGCUGAUGAUGGAACAGAAUGGCUAUUUGACGAAUGUAUUGAAAACUAUCAAAUUAAAGCACAAGCAAACGAAAGAGUUGGAUAAAGAGAAAGACGUGAUACAGGUGCAGGCUGACAGUUUAGCUCAGAGAUUAGACGAUGUUCGCAAGGUCAGACUCGCAUAUGAAGUGCCAGAUGUGAUGGACUAUGUCAAUAUAAAGUCUGAAAUAACUGAUUUAAAAAACAACAUCAAAGUUCUAGAGAAUAGAGCACACAUACAACGAAUUGCACUGACUUCUUUGAAUAAGAAAUUGAAUUUGAUGAUGAACUGA